AUGUCUCUCGAACCCAUAGCCAUCAUCGGCACGGGAUGUCGCUUUCCCGGCUCCUCCUCCUCUCCAGCUCGUCUCUGGGAGCUCAUCCGCAAUCCGCGGGAUGUCGCUUCCAAAGUUCCCAGUGACCGAUUCAACGUGGAUGCAUUCUACCAUCCAAACAGUCAACAGCAUGGCGCCACCAGUGUGGCCGAGUCGUACUUCCUGACGGAAGACAUACGAGCCUUUGACGCUGCUUUCUUCAACAUCUCCCCGGCAGAGGCGGCGGCCUUGGACCCGCAACAACGCCUCCUUCUAGAGACAGUCUAUGAUUCUCUCGACGCUGGGGGACAGAGACUCGAUGCCUUGCAGGGGUCCCCUACCGGGGUCUACUGUGGCUUUCUCCGGACAGACUACAGCCAACUCCAAUUCACAGAUCCUGAAUCCAUUCCUCCAUACACGGUCACCGGGAAUUCCCCCGCUAUCAUGGCCAACCGGAUCUCCUAUUUUUUCAAUUGGACGGGCCCCUCAUUCUCGGUGGAUACCGGGUGCUCCUCCAGCUUGCUGGCGGUCCAUCUGGCAGUGGAAGCUCUGAGGAAAGGUGACUGUACGAUGGCGGUCGCGGUAGGGAGUAAUCUGAUCCUAUCCCCAAAUCCCUAUAUAGCCGACGCAAAAACAGGGAUGCUGUCGGCUACGGGCAGAUCGCGGAUGUGGGAUGCCUCCGCGGACGGCUACGCGCGAGGAGAAGGGAUCGCCGCGGUGGUUCUCAAACGACUGAGCGAUGCCAUCGCUGCAGGAGAUGAGAUUGAGUGUGUGAUCCGGGCUACAGGUGUGAACAGCGACGGUCGAACCAUGGGGAUCACGAUGCCGAACGGACAAGCACAGCAGCGAUUGAUCGAAUCGACUUACGCCAGUAUCGGCCUAGAUGCCAAGAAUGCUCAGCAGAGAUGUCAAUAUUUUGAGGCGCACGGAACGGGGACGCCAGCAGGGGACCCCCAGGAAGCUGGUGCCAUUUAUGGUGCUUUUUUCGGGGAUAGCGCAGUGGAUACUGUAGAGGGGUCCCAAGUCCUGUAUGUCGGUUCAAUAAAGACGGUCAUUGGGCAUACCGAAGCGACAGCUGGGCUAGCUGGACUGAUCAAGGCGUCAUUGUGUUUGCAGCAUGGGGAGAUUGCUCCGAACCUCCUGCUAUCCUCUCCCAAUCCUCGGAUCGUGCCCUAUCUAUCCCGACUCCGAGUGCCAGAUAAACUGGUUCCAUGGCCAAGCCUGGCCCCCGGGGUACCUCGCCGCGCUUCUGUGAAUUCAUUUGGCUUUGGCGGUGCGAACGUUCAUGCCAUCCUUGAAAGCUACACGCCCACAUCAUCAGGUCGGCUCAGCAAAGAAGAUGACGUGGAACCUUGCCCUCUUCCUUUUGCUGUUUCAGCGGCCUCUGGGCUCUCACUGAGAAUGAUUCUGAAGGAUCUUCUUCAAUUUCUGGGUGAAAAUCCAAGCAUCAGCCUCACAGAUCUAGCGUUGACCCUGAUGACCCGACGUACGUGUCAUAAAUACCGCAUAAUGUUCACCGCCACCUCAAGAGACAAGCUCAUAGAAAAGAUCAAACAGGAGAUAUUCCGCCAGUCCAAUGGCCAGAUUCCCUCUAAGCUUCGUCGCCCUGUUCAUCCUCAUCGAAAAUGCCAUGUCCUGGGCAUCUUCACUGGUCAGGGGGCGCAGUGGCCACAGAUGGGCCUCGAUCUCAUCAGAGCAAGUCCACUGGCCCAGAAAUGGAUGGCUGAAAUGCAACAGGCCCUCAAUCUGCUGCCACCACCGUACCGGCCCAGCUUUGACCUCAUGACUGAACUAGCAGCCUCUGGCUCAGUCUCACGCAUUCAUGAAGCUAGCAUAUCACAACCCUUACGUACGGCUAUUCAGGUCGUCCAGGUUAACCUCCUUCGCAAUCUUGGCCUUGAAUUUGCUAGCGUGGUCGGCCACUCCUCCGGCGAGAUUGCCGCUGCAUAUGCUGCUGGAGUGCUUGACCUCACAGACACGAUUCGGGUGGCUUAUCUACGAGGCUGGGCGAUUCAACAGUCUCAGACUCAACAAACUCCUGGCAGCAUGAUAGCUUUGGUGCUUCGUUGGAAGCAAGCAGAGGCAAUCUGUAACCUUCCCCAGUAUUCAGGAAAGAUUCAAAUUGCAGCUUACAAUUCUCCUACAAGUGUGACGCUCUCGGGAGACCGUGAGGCCAUCGAUGAAUUGGUGUGGCUUUUUUCUAGUCUGGGACAAGCAGUGCACCGUCUUCAUGUGGAUACUGCGUAUCAUUCGCAUCAUAUGCAGUCAUGCGCGGAAGUUUACAGGCGGGCGUUGGAAGCUUGCAGUUUCCAGCCUAGGAAGUUGAGCUCACCAGCGCGCUGGUUCUCAACUGUGUAUCCGGGAUUAGACCUUGGCGAUACAAUCAAUGAUGGAGCAAGCGUAUACUGGGUGGACAAUAUGCUGAAGUCUGUUUCUUUCUCGCAAGCUGUUGCUGCUGCCCUUCAAUCUCGGGUGACGAACUAUGACUGUAUUAUCGAAGUGGGUCCACACCCUGUUAUGCGUGGACCAGUGAGCCAGAUCCUCAAGGACAUGUCAGAACCGAUAGACCCGCCGUACCUAGGCCUAGCGAAGCGAUCCACUUCCGGGAUUGAAUCAUUUGCCACAGCGAUCGGGGAGCUAUGGACUGCUUGUGGUCAGGGGGGACUUGAUAUACAGGCUUAUAUCAAUGCAUUCCGUACCAACAUUUCGGGAGUUGCGGUAAAGGGUCUGCCACGUUACCCCUUUGAUCAUAGCCAGACCUAUUGGGCCGAGUCGAGACUAUCUCGAGCACGGUUACAUGCUCGCAAUCCGCCUAAUGCGUUAUUGGGUGGAGUUAUUCCGACUUCUGGCGAGGGAGAGCGGCGGUGGAGAAACUACUUGCGUCCCGAGGAGCUCCCUUGGAUGACUGGGUAUAAACGGCAUGGAAAGACCGUUCUGUCACCCGCAACGUAUGUCGCAAUGAUGAUUGAAGCAGCUAUCGCGAUGGCCGGGGCGUCUCCGAUACAAGUGAUUGAGCUUAAUGACCUUGAAGUCAAGCAAGAUGUACCUUUCCCGGCUCACCAGGCUGGGCUCGAGACAAUGUUCGCUGUGGGAAUGAAAUCGAACGGGCCCUGCGCAAGAGGAAACUUUACUUGUCAAGUAGCUGUUGAAGACGAGCUCCUUUGCGUAGCCUCCGGCCGAUUCCGAGUCAUAUACGGCGCGCCUGAUGCUCAAGUCUUGCCUGCACGCUUUCCCCUAGCAGCGCUUGACCCGAUAGAUGUCGGCGAAUUCUACUCCCAUCUAUCUGCUUUAGGCCACGACAACACCGGUGAUUUCAAAUGUCUGUCUACGCUCUCUUGCAACCGACAGGCGGCUUCGGCCACAAUGACCUAUCCGGCCGACAAAAAUCAGCCAGUCUUGCACAUCCACCCUGCAACCAUUGACCACGCGUUCCAGACGCUUUUAGCAGCUUCAGUCUCUAGGAGGGUGGACGAGAUUACCGAGUCACUGUACAGGAUCUCAAAGAUCUCCUAUCUGGCCAUUGACCCAACAGUGCGACCAAAAGACAGUGAAACCCUGACCAUUGACGCUGUGGUCGUCACCAGAGCUCCGGGCCUCAUCACUGGCGCGACAGACAUUUUUUGUUCAGGCGACAGGUGUUUGAUAUCUUGUGAAGGGCUCCACCUGAGUCGCACCGCCAUUCACCCCACCCUACCUAAACUAUUUAGCCAGAUGGACUGGAUACCGUUGCAGCCUAGCGCAGCAGCAGGUGGGAAUGUGUUAUGCCAGUCAAGCGCUGAAAGUACUCUGAUAGGCCGUGAACAGUCGGCUCUUCUGCGUUUGCGGGAUCUUAGCGAAAGAUAUGGGCGGAAGCAUCGAAAGCUCUCGGGGACUAAGGCUGCAUUUCUAAGAUGGGCUGAGCAUGUAGUAGCCCAGGUCAGGCAGGGGAGAAACCCUGUCUGUCAAUCAGAGUGGCUGGACAAGAAAACUGAGAAUACCUGCGCACCCGCACCCGGCCCCCUCGCGGCCAUCGGCGGGGAGUGGGCAAGCUUGUUGGAAUCUGAAUACGAGACCGGUGGUCCUACUGCUGAGCUUCUGGACCAGUAUUACGCCACGAAUUCGGAAGAAUUCUCUCCAUGGUAUGGCCGGUUGGUCUCGCUGGUCGGACAGCUGGCAGCGCUCUACCCUAGGAUGAAUAUUGUGGAGGUGACAAGUAGUGGAACCGAUCGGCUGACAAAACGCGUGCUGGGGGAGAUUGGGACUGCCUGCAGAGCGUAUACACGAGCAGUUAUCGACGAAUCGACGAUGACACCGAGCACGAAGCAACCUGCACAGUCAUUUCUCCAGGAAAGGCAUCUAACAGAUCAGUCAUUCGAACCGGGUUCCGUCGAUCUCAUCAUUGUUCAUCAAGCCCUCUACAAUACAAAGUCCUUAACCAACACCCUCACGAUGCUUCGCAGCUUUCUCAGAGCGGGGGGCUACCUCUUGGUUCUUGAAGAUACCAAUCCUCAAUUGAUUCAUCGGACUUUCUUACUUCCAUUGAGCGCUUGGCAAGAUAUAGAUGCUGGCCACUCAUCCGGUGGACCUGUUCGUACCCGCGAGGCAUGGAAGGAUAUCCUCCUCGAUCACGGUUUCAGUGGACUCGAUAGCAUAACUCCAAUUCAUGAUGAGAUAUUAUCUGGUCUUUCGAUCAUGUUAUGCCGGGCUGUUGACCCCACGGUUCCGCUCAUGAAAGCUCUUCCUGUCCAAUCAGGCGGGCACCCCGAAUUGGUGAUUGCAGCGGCGCACAGUACGUGGAUGGAUCGAGCUUGGCUCGCUGUUCAAGCCAGCUUCCAGCGGAUCGUACUGGUCGAUGAUAUCAGCAAGAUCAAAUUUAGAGAGGGGUGCCCUGCGCCGGUGGUGCUUGUUGUCACGGAUUCUGCAAAACCGAGUGCUUUUUCGAGCCCCAGAGAGGAGAUGAGAAUACUGAGGCGAUUAUUCGCCGGCGCAAGCACGUUGCUCUGGGUUAGCGCUGCCUCCAAUGCUGGGAUGACCGUCUCCCUCUCCCAAGCUCUUACAGCAGGCCUUCUCCGAGGGUUCUGUAUGGAGCAUCCAGACACAAUUUUCCAGUACCUGGAGCUUCCCUCUGCUGCGGCCUCCAAGGAGAAUGUCCGUACUGUGGCGACGCUUUUGAUGCACCUCGUUAGUAUUGAUGCUCCACGAUGUCUAGCUAUGACCACUGGUGCGCCUCUAGAGCCCCAUCUACGGUUGUCCGAGAAAGGUGUUCUACAGGUACCGCGCCACAUAUUUUCCGGGCGUAUGAAUCAGCGACGCCUGGCCGCCCACCUUGAGAUUGAAGACGUUCUUUUACUCAAUCGGGACCUGGAAUAUCGUGUCAUGCAACUGGAAUACGUGAAAGCCGCGGACAAGCGGAUUGCUGGUCUUCAUGCAUACCUGUCCAUACGAGAUUUAUCUCGUAUCCCCACAACCACAGUCGAAGUCAAAGUUCACUACUCUACAGCACACAGUAUCAAUAUUGAAGGCAUUGGGGCGUGCUACCUCUCGAUCGGAGUCGCUUCCAGUCACACCAACCAUAAGUAUUCCUUGACAGGAGAGAGUGGCCCCUGCCGCAUCCUCGCAUUGUCUGAGUCCCAUGCGACGUGGAUACGUAUCCCAUCUUCGUGGUGCUGGGCCAUACCCGCAGCCGUCUCUACCGCAGAAGAACCUGGUCUUCUUGCAAGUACAAUGGGUAUGUUGCUCGUAAGAGGAAUUUUAUCGCACACAGAACCAGGAUCCGUGAUAUUGAGUUUGGAUCCUGAUGUCACCAUACUCCGCAUCCUCAAUGCGCUUGCACCCUUACACAGGGUUGAAAUACUGGCUAUCACGCACAAGGAAACCGCCGCAUUUAAGAGGCAGGGUGUCUUGUGUAUACCUGAGCGUACGCCUACUCAUCGACUAAGACAACUUCUCCCAGUACCAUCUAAGGUGGCGGCAAUUGUUCUUGAUCGCGCCAAAAGUGACAACUGGCAGAAUCGUAUCUGCAGCUUGUUUCCCACGGCUCGAUAUUGUGAUAUCGGUCCAUCACACGCACGAGUUCCGGCAUGUGGUGUUAACACUGCCCUAGAGAGUGUAUUAGGGUGGUCCUACCCGAAGCAUGCCACGUUUCCAGUAUACACGGUGGCCAGAUUGCUUUCUCGAGAGAUUGAUACGGCGCCGACAUCUGUGGUUGAUUGGCUGACUGACGAGGGAAAGCCGGUCCGAGCACAGAUCCACCCAGCAAAUGACGCGGUGUCUCUGCACCCGCAGGGCACAUAUGUUCUCUGGGGACUCCCCGAAGCCCUGGAGAGCGUUGUUGCCGAGUGGCUUGUAUCUCGCGGCGCGCAGCACCUGGUCCUGGCCGCACCAUCCUCUCAAAACGCCCAAUGGGUGUCCGCGGUUGUAUCUGGUGGCGCGCAAGUUAUCACAGUUCCUACUCAAAAGAGUCUUGCGCACACUGUGCUUGCAAUUCACGGUCAUUCAUCCUUGCCAUCGGUCCGCGGGGUUGUGUUCAGCGGCGAACUUGACACUUACACCCCGCCUGAUACCGCCCUGGCGAGCACAAUCGAAAGGCUCGAAGCUCUGUCGCGGCUCUUUGACUCUCCCAAUCUAGAGCUCUUCUUAGGAAUUUCUCGCUGCCCGGUCAAACCGGAUCCGCAACAGUCUGCUGUUACUGAUUAUCUUUCAGCACUAGCCCGUCAAAGAGCUAUGUCCGGUCUUGCCUCGAGUGUACUUUACCUUGGGCCCGGAAUAGAUAUAGAUACUACGAACGAUGACGAGAUUCUGGAGUCUCUUGCGGAGGCUGUUCUAGCUGGAGAUUCUCUUGAUAGCAGACGUCGGGUGGUUACCGCUGGACUUUGUCCAGACCGCUGCAGCCCGGAGUACAGAGUAUGGGAAGCAAGCCACUCUUCCAACCCAGUAAUGGUUCAUAUGCUUGCAUUCUCAAGUACGACAAAUCAUGAAGACCAUGCUGUUGAAGCAGACCCAGGGGACGCACCAUUAAGCGUCCAACUCGAGCGUGCCAAACAGACCUUGUCUGCCGUCGCGACUGUGCGAGAUAUUUUGAGCCAGCACUUUACCAGUUAUCUUCAAACGGUGCUGCAGUCUGCGACAGAGAUCACCGAUGACACCCUGCUCAACGAGCUUGGUGUUGAUUCUUUAGUCGCGGCGCAGCUGAGUGGGUGGUUUUUCAGGGAGGUAGGCGUGAAGGUUUCGGCUGUUCACAUUCUUGCCGCGAUUUCUGUGACUGAGGUUGUUCAAAAGGUUGCGGAGAAGUUUGUGAACUAGUUGAUAUUUCUGUGUGAAUUGAGAUACAACGUGCCGUACUUGGAAGAUGGUCCCACGCUUCCAACUGUCCCUUGUCAAGCUCACCGGUCAACGUUACUGAGUUGCUGGCAAGUCGCAUGGCUACUUCUCUUCAAAAUGUACCAUAAGUAGCCCUUGGCUACUUCAUAUACUAUAUCUGAACCAGAACAUAUGGGUGACAAUACUUCGUUGAGUAAUUUCUGCUCUGAUGUUCGGC